CAGCCGGUACGGCUUAGGCUGCCUUUGAAUCGGCUCCUAGGUGGGUAAGCUCGAGUCCUGGAUUGUCCUGCCUGUGCCUGAAUAGUUUGUAUCUUUCGUUUGUAGAGCACCCCUAUAAGGGCACGGGAUCUGAUAGCAACUGCAUAUAGAUUUCAUUGGAUGAAAACUGUGUAUUAGCAGCAGGAGCGAGCGAGGCCCGAGAGCGCCAUGAGCACGCCCACCGUCGUCCCCAGCGCCACGGGCCCGGGCCCGGGUCCGAGCGGCGGCGGCGGCCCGGGCGGCGGCGGCGGCGUGCCCGGGGGCGGCAGCGGCGGCGGCACCGAGGUCAUCCAGGUGACGAACGUGUCCCCGAGCGCCAGCUCGGAGCAGAUGCGGACCCUCUUCGGCUUCCUGGGCAAGAUAGACGAGCUGCGCCUCUUCCCGCCCGAUGACUCGCCUUUGCCAGUCUCCUCACGUGUCUGUUUUGUAAAGUUCCAUGAUCCAGACUCAGCAGUUGUGGCACAGCAUCUGACAAACACUGUAUUCGUUGACAGAGCUUUGAUAGUCGUACCCUAUGCAGAAGGAGUUAUUCCUGAUGAGACUAAGGCUUUGUCUCUGUUGGCACCAGCUAAUGCAGUGGCAGGUCUUCUGCCUGGUGGUGGACUUCUGCCUACUCCAAACCCCCUUACCCAGAUUGGUGCUGUUCCUCUGGCGGCUUUGGGGGCCCCUGCUCUGGACCCCGCCCUUGCUGCUCUCGGGCUUCCUGGGGCAAACUUGAACUCUCAGUCUCUUGCUGCAGAUCAGUUACUGAAGCUAAUGAGUACCGUGGAUCCCAAGUUGAACCAUGUAGCUGCAGGCCUUGUCUCCCCGAGUCUGAAAUCUGACACCUCGAGUAAAGAAAUUGAGGAGGCCAUGAAAAGAGUGAGAGAAGCACAGUCUCUGAUCUCUGCCGCCAUCGAGCCAGAUAAGAAAGAAGAAAAACGAAGACACUCGAGAUCCAGGUCACGUUCCAGGAGGAGGAGAACUCCUUCGUCUUCCAGGCAUAGACGGUCAAGAAGCAGAUCCAGAAGGAGAUCACAUUCUAAGUCAAGAAGUAGGCGACGAUCCAAAAGUCCACGACGGAGGAGAUCUCAUUCUAGAGAGCGAGGCCGAAGAUCCAGGAGCACGUCAAAGACCAGAGACAAAAAGAAAGAAGAAAAAGAAAAAAAGCGUUCGAAAACACCCCCCAAGAGCUACAGCACGGCACGGCGGUCACGGAGCACGAGUCGGCCAGCAUACUUAUAUCCUUGUAGGGAGAGGCGGCGUCGGAGGAGCCGAAGUGGGACGCGGUCCCCCAAGAAGCCUCGCUCUCCCAAGAGGAAGCUUUCUCGGUCGCCCUCACCCCGGAGACAUAAAAAGGAAAAGAAAAAAGACAAGGACAAAGAGCGGCGCGAUGAGCGCGAACGCUCUACCAGCAAAAAGAAGAAGAGCAAAGACAAGGAGAAGGAGCGGGAGAGGAAGUCUGAGAGCGACAAGGAUGUCAAACAGGUGACGAGAGAUUACGAUGAGGAGGAGCAGGGCUACGACAGCGAGAAGGACAAGAAGGAGGAGAAGAAGGCGCCCGAGGGGGGCUCCCCCAAGCCCAAGGAGUCCUCGGUGGAGAAGGGCAGUGGGGACUCCCUACGUGAGUCCAAAGUGAACGGCGACGACCAUCACGAGGAGGACAUGGACAUGAGUGACUGAGGCCCGGCCCGGCCGUGCACAUGCCUCCGUGUCAUUCCCCGCCUGGUCUCUGUCUGCCCCGUGUGUUACCCCAAACCUAGAUGUGUCGAGCUCUGAGCUCCCAGUGGUCGUCCAGCUCCCGAUCCUCUGGGUCACCCCUCCUGGGGAUGGCGUCGGCCCCCUGUGCUGAGGGGCUGCGGGGGGCCACGAGAGUGACCGGCUGCAUGCAUCUCCAGCAGGCAUGGAUUGUGGAUGUUGUAUGAUCUCUCCUCCCUUAUUAAAUAAGCUCACGUAGA